UUCUUCGCAUCUCUGUCAGUGCGCGAAGCGAUUCACCUACACCUUCCUGGCUGGCCCAGAAACAUCAGAAUAACUUGACAUAGUAUUCAAAAUACCCAGUAACAUUACAUUACCAAAAGAAAGGGGCAUUUUUAUAUGAGAUAUCAAUUACGAGUUGGCUCAGCCGGGAGUUGUUGGAGAUUUCACCGGAGCAUUUUCGGACCACCUCGAAGAAGAAAACACUGUGGCGAGACUUGUUGCUUCAACGCGUUUGACGGUGCUUUUUCGAAUCGUCAUCUAAGUUUUGUGUCUCUCCCUAGUCUGCUCCAAGCUUCAGCUUGGAGAGCUCAACCGCCACAAUUGAUCCCAGCAGCUGGAGCGGCAGCGAGAGCCCUGCCGAGGACAUGGAGAGGAUGAGCGACUCGGCAGACAAGCCUGUGGACAAUGAUGCAGAGGGGGUGUGGAGCCCUGACAUUGAACAGAGCUUCCAGGAGGCCCUGGCCAUCUAUCCUCCUUGUGGGCGCAGGAAAAUCAUCCUCUCCGAUGAGGGAAAGAUGUAUGGUCGAAAUGAGCUGAUAGCGAGAUACAUCAAGCUACGGACCGGCAAGACGAGGACGCGAAAGCAGGUGUCUAGUCACAUACAGGUCUUAGCAAGAAAGAAAGUUCGAGAAAUCCAAGCUGCCAUUAAGGUACGUCUGGCUUUGCCCAGUUGCAGGGGGCUUUUCAUUGCCAUGGUUACAGGCUCUUCCUUUGUUUUCCUCCCCUCCCCUACUCCGCAGGUGUCUAGUCACAUUCAGGUUCUUGCCAGAAGGAAAUCUCGUGAGUUUCAGUCCAAGCUAAAGGUUACAAAUAUGGACCAAGCCGUGAAGGACAAAGCCCUCCAGAGCAUGGCCUCCAUGUCCUCGGCUCAGAUCGUCUCUGCCACGGCUAUUCACAACAAGCUCGGCCUGCCAGGCAUCCCUCGCCCAGCCUUCCCUGGAGCAGGGUUAUGGCAGGGUAUGAUUUCGGCUGGUCAGCCAGGAUCAUCACAAGAUAUUAAGCCUUUCACCCAGCAACCCUAUCCCAUCCAGCCAGCAGUCACGACAGCAAUUUCAAGUUUCGAGCCCACAGCAGCUCCAGCACCCACGGCGCCAGCAUGGCAGGGCCGUUCCAUCGGUACAUCUAAACUCAGACUGGUGGAGUUCUCUGCCUUCCUAGAGCAGCAGAGAGACCCAGACUCUUACAACAAACACCUGUUUGUGCACAUCGGGCAGACGAAUCAUUCCUACAGUGACGCCCUGCUGGAGUCGGUGGACAUUCGUCAGAUCUACGAUAAAUUUCCAGAAAAGAAAGGCGGACUGAAGGAGCUGUACGCAAAAGGCCCCCAGAAUUCCUUCUUCCUUAUAAAAUUCUGGGCUGACUUAAACUGCAACAUUCAAGAUGAUACCGGAUCUUUCUAUGGCGUCACCAGUCAGUAUGAGAGUCCAGAGAACAUGACCAUCACAUGUUCGACAAAAGUUUGCUCCUUUGGCAAGCAGGUUGUGGAGAAAGUCGAGACUGAAUAUGCACGCUUUGAAAAUGGACGUUUUGUCUACCGGAUAAGUCGAUCCCCCAUGUGUGAAUACAUGAUCAACUUCAUCCAUAAGCUAAAACAUCUGCCGGAGAAGUAUAUGAUGAACAGUGUGCUGGAGAACUUCACUAUCUUAUUGGUGGUGACAAACAGGGACACCCAGGAGACGUUGCUAUGUAUGGCAUGCGUGUUUGAAGUUUCGAACAGUGAGCACGGCGCGCAGCAUCACAUCUACAGACUGGUGAAGGAAUGAAUCUGCUUGGAGCUCCUCCUUUUCAUAGACUUACCAACCUCAAAACAAAAGUGGCAGUGCCUCUACACGAAAGUCAUACCUACAACGCUCUUUGGUCAAGGUAUCGGGUGGAGUCGUUGUUAUAAAUCUGUUUUAAUAUAAGUGUUUGUUAUUUGACUGCAGCUGUGAAUUGCGGUACAGUUGUUUUAAUGUUUGAAUAUGGGAAUUUUAAAUAUGUUGGUCUCUGUCGGGUAUAAAUGUGGCCAUCCUUAAAGAGUUUCCUGGAUGUGUUUGGUAAAUGAAAAUGUGUGUGUCGUUUUUUUCUGCUUUGUUAAUGUAGACUAAGGAAAAAAAAAAAAAAGACAAAAGGACACGGGCCUUUUUUUGUUUUUCUAUCAGCGGCCUGGUUGCGCUCUGUGUAAUAUGUCUGAGGCUGUUUUGUAUGUCUGUACUUCAUGAUUUGUGAGCAUACAUACUGUAGAUACACAGACACGAAAACACACACCGCUGUUAAACUUUCCAAAGAAACAGAACAACACUAUACGUGCAGUGGCCGAAAGCAGGUGGUUGCAAAUGUUGCGAAAUUACUACAUAAGAACGCCAACAACUGAGCUUUCGGUAAUAUUUAUCCCUGUUGAAGCACUCCCAAGUUUUAGACACCAGAAUGAAUGCACUGUGAAAACACUACAGUUUGCCUGCAUCCGCUCCGUAAAUGUAGGAAGUCUCACCGCCUGCUAAGCAUUUCAGCGCUGCAAACAAAUCUUUUCUCUGACAAUGGGCAGGAGAAUUUUUUUUUUUUUUUUUUUUAAAUAGGUGAGAGUCCUGCUAAAAUGACUCUAAUCGGACUCGUAUCUGGUCCGAAAGCACUUUGUUUCCCUUCCUGUGCUUGCCUUAGUGAUGCUUACGUUUAUUCUGUUAAUUCUGCGCUUUAAAAAAAGAAAGAAAAAAAGAACCUAAAAAACUGUUUAACCCAUCGAGACACUACAAAAAUCAUAGACAGCAAUGCGUCGUUCAGCAUGCUGUGGCUUUGCCCCCUCCCAACACAAAAGACUCCUUACCCCCUCUGGGAUCGCCGCGUGAUAACUCCAAGCCAGAGUGUUGCUGCCUUCAUGGUCACACUAUGUUCACAUGUUUCUGUGGCCUACGCCGAUUGCCGAGCCUUAAACACGUACAAACUGUAUGUGAACUCCAAAAGAUGCCACUAAAACUGUGAUCUCUACAUUGUGUUUGCGUUGUGUAAAAUAAAUGAAUGACAACAACAACAAAAAAAAAAAUCACAAUUCAAAUCUGCCAAAGCCUAAGUGUACAGUGCCUUAGAGUAUACUCUAACAUUAUCCCGCAUUUACCCUGUUUUCUAAGUCUAAAAUUAGUUUUGUGUGAGACGGGCAGAAAUAACUUACAGAUGUAUUAUUUGGUACAUCUUCACAUCUCAGAAAUCACGGUUCUCGAAAUUGGUACACUCCUACAAAUACAGUUUUUGUUGUUGCUGGGUUUUUUUGUUUUUUAAAGAGGCAGUACACUUACGUUCAAUUACGUUUGCAAAUUUAAGCUCAGAAACAGGUUGUUUUUCCUGUAACGCUGUAAUAUGUUCCUAAAAUAUCAGCCUCUCUUUUCUUUUUUCUUUUUCCUUCCUUCUCUAAGAGUGUACUAUAAAAAGACUGACUGCCUUUCCUGUCGCAGAAGACCAAAAAUACAGAGAUACAGUCAAUUAUUGUUGUGUCCUGCAUGGUAGCAAGGAAGUGCCUUUGGUUCAGAUUUUCCAGCUUCAAAAAAAGAGAAAAAGAUCAAACAGAAAUUAUAAAUUUAAUGUUGCCAGACCAAAAAAAAGAAGAAGAUGAAGAAAAAAAAACUAAGACACAAGUGAAACAAAUCACCACAUUGCCUUUCAAAGGACUGUAACGACAGCAGGGGAACAUGGUUACUAAGGAGAAGAAAUAAAUGAUAUUCAUUUUUAUUACAUUGUAAAUUGAUUUCUCAAACCCAACUAUUUCUUCGCUUGAGGUUAAAGAUUUUGUCUAAUAUUGAACGGCCACUGACUGCAUGCAGGAUGUCAACAGAAAAACACUGAAGCUGUCUGCUUCGUGCACACUUGCAGGCUCAAGUGUUUUUGUUUGGUUUUUUUUGAAACGAGGCUUUUUUGGAAGCAUUAUGGUUUCCUCUUUCCCAUGGCCACGCAAGAUUUUCACAAUGUCACAGCUGUGAUGGCGAAAAGGCAGGGACCGACACGAGCUUUUAUCCAUUAGAACAAAAAAAAAAAGAAAAAAAAAGAAGAAUGUUUAUUUAAUAUUAAUUCUACAGUACAGACUCUAAAAAUGAAACUUAAGAUUGUUUUACGUGUUUAAAUCUGUAUACUUUCAUUGUAAGGAUCAUAAUUACUCAAAACAUUUACUAUUUCUUACAGAAAUUAUAAUCAUCUUAAAGUAGUUUAAUCAACAAAGCUCUAAAUAA